GACAAAUCUGAAGAUACACCUUAGGAGGUAGCUGCAUCUGGAAGAUAGUAGGAGGUGUGUGAACUCAUGGAAGACCCGAGCCUGUCCCUUGGUGUCGAUGUGGACAAAGGCUUUGCCAUUGCCUUUGUUGUCCUGGUGAUCCUGUUUCUAAUAGUGAUGGUUGUUCGGUGUAUAAAGUUUGUGAAGAAUCCCUAUGAGGCCAGCUCUGCAACCACAGAUUCAUCCCUGAGCUAA